AGGUAGGUGAGCACACAAAUCAUGUGACUUGUACCUUCAUAGCCUUGUCCAUGAAUAUUCUGAAUAGAUGAGGGAGUGAGAUAAGUCAAGGUGUGUCCUUGACAAACACGACAGCAGCAAGUGUGUGUAUGUGCGUGCGUAGAUGCACUUCAUCAAUCCUGACAUUUUUAGUAAGCGAGACAUGAUUGAAGUUGCUGGAAAAGAAUGCAAGUCAGUGUAAUGUUUUUUUCUGCAUCUGUGUCCAUACAGCGCAACAUGAAGCGUAAUGGCAGUCGGGGCUGCAUGACCAGAAAGAGCAGAUUUGGAUCCAGGGAGCGUGACUGGCUGAAGAGUGACACCCAGCGGGGCUGUGUGUGUCUGUAUGGGGCCACUGUGGACCCCCAGCUACCUGCAUCAGGACCCCAGGCCUCGUCUACUCCUCAGCCAGACCUGCAGCUGGUGCUGUGCUCCACCAGCACCAGCGUGGAGGAGAUGAGCGCCCAGAGGGAUGGACAUGAAAUCUAUGUCCAACUGCAUGGAGACUUGCUCAGGAGGCUGGAGCCCGCAGAGCGUCCUCUCCAGAUGGUUUAUGACUAUCUGACUGCUAUGGGCUAUGCAGACCCAGUGCGUGUGCAGCAGGAGGCAGCCAAUUCAGACCUCAGCUGCUUGAUCCGCUUCUACAGUGAGCGACCCCUAAAUGCCGACCAGCUGGAGCGCACCCUACUGAAGGGCGUGUUCAGCGUCAGGAAGGGCAAGACGCAGCUGCACAAGUGGGCUGAGCGGCAGGUCAUUCUCUGCGGAACAUGUCUCAUUGUGGCCUCCGUUAAAGACAGCCUAACGGGCAAGAUGCACAUCCUGCCUCUGGUGGGGGGAAAGGUGGAGGAGGUGAAGAGGAGACAACACUGUCUGAUGUUCAGCUCUGCAGGAUCGCAGGCUCAGACCUACUUUGUCAACUUUGACACACUGACUGACUACCAGCGAUGGCAUCGGCAGGCAUCCAAAGUGGUGUCUCAGACUGUCAGCCUGGUAGACCUAUCCUGCUACAGUCUGGAAGCGCUGCCUGAUUAUCUGUUCUACAGCCAAGACGUCACACACCUCAACUUGCGACACAACUUCAUGAACCUGCUGGGGCCUGGAGGUCUGCUCCACCUCCCCAGGUUCUCUCAGUUGAAGAGCUUGAACUUGUCUCACAACCGUCUGGGAACCUUUCCUGAAUGUCUUUGUGAGAUCCUAACUCUCACUGAGCUCAACCUCUCCUGCAACAACCUCCACACUGUGCCUGUGCAGGUCGGCAACCUGCAAAGCCUCCAGACUCUGUCUUUAGAUGGAAAUCACCUAAGCUCCCUGCCUGCUGAGCUGGGCGCUCUCUCCCAGCUCAGCAGUCUGGGGCUCUCCUUCAACAACUUCAGUCACAUCCCCGCUGUGCUGCAGGGACUGAGCGGCGUGGACAAGUUGUCCAUGGCAGGAAACCAAGUGGUGUGUCUGGAAGUGUGUGCUCUGCUCUCUAUGAGCCAUCUAAAACACAUUGACCUCAGGCUAAAUGGACUACGCUGCCUAAAAGGUGAAAGUCCAGAAGCAGUGAACCAGCUGACCCACUUGGACCUACGAGACAACUGUUUGGACUCACUGGACCUCGCUUCUGUCUGCAAUCUGGAGAUGCUUAACUGUCAACGUAAUCAACUGAGAGCGCUGAGUGUCAGCGGUUUCACCCUGCGAAUGCUUCACGCCAGCUGCAACCGCCUUAGUACAGUCAGCGUUUACCCAGUGCCAAACCAGCUGACACAUUUGGAUUUAUCACAGAACCUUCUGGAGUAUAUCCCAGACUGGGUGUGUGACUGCAAGAACAUAGAGAUGCUGGAUGUCACGCAUAACCUCCUUUCAGAGCUUCAUUCCAGAUUGCUCAACAGCUUGAGUUUGAAAAAGCUGCUGGCAGGCUACAACUGCUUGCAGAGAGUGCCUGACCUGCUGGACCACGUCCCCCUGGAAGUCCUGGACCUCCAGCACAACAAGAUAGGAGAACUCCCAGAGGGUCUUUUUUUCAAAGCUUUAAACCUAAAACAUUUAAAUGCGUCAGCCAAUGCUUUGGAAACUAUACCUCCCAGCGGCCAAUCAGACGAGAGUCUCAGCACGCUUCAGGAGUUCUACCUGACGAGGAACAAACUCACUGAAGAGUGUGGUGUUCUGUUGGUGGGACACCACAACCUGAGGGUCCUGCACAUAGCCUACAACCAGCUGCUCUCCUUCCCUGCAAGUAAACUGAGUAAGCUGGAGCUGCUGGAGGAGCUCAAUCUAAGUGGCAACCAGCUGAAGAGCAUACCAUCCACCGUGUCCAGCUGUAAGAGACUGCAUACCCUCAUCGCACACUCCAACAAUAUCACGGGCUUUCCAGAGAUCCUCAACCUUCCAGAAAUCAAGCUUGUGGAUCUGAGCUAUAACCAGCUAAACGAGAUCCAAUUUCCCGACUCGCUGCCGCCUACCCUACAGGAGCUUGACUUGACGGGCAACAGCAGCCUGAUACUAGAACACAAAACCCUUAAUCUGUUCAGUCACAUCACCACAUUGAAAUUGGACCAGAAAUCCACCACAACAGGAGAUUCACAAAACGCCUCCACUCCCUGGAGCCACGGCUACUCGGAAAUGAGAGGUCAAAGGAACAAGUUGUGCGUGUCCGUGCUGGCCAUCGACCGCCUUGGAGACAGUGUGGAAGCGUGUUACGGCAUCUUUGAUGGCGACCGCAAUGAGGAAGUGCCUCGGCUGCUUCAGUGCACCAUGGGUGACGUGCUGUGUGAAGAAGUGCAACAUUCCAGUAUUGACAGCGUGUAUAUGAGCAACACCUUCCUAACGUCACACAGGAAACUAGGUAUGGCCGGGCAGAAAUUGGGGGCCUCUGCUUUGCUGUGUUAUCUCCACCAUGAGUCCUCAGAGCCAGGAGGCUACCUGAGUGUGACUGUGUCCAAUGUGGGGACCUGCCAGGCGGUGCUGUGUCGGGGCGGCCAACCCGUACCACUGUCUAAGGUUUACAGCCUGGAGAACUGCGCUGAGGAGAUGGAGAGAGUUAAACUCAACAAAGCCAUUAUUACGGAGGAUAACAAAGUGAGCGGUGUGACAUGCUGUUCCCGCCUGCUGGGCUGCUCUUAUCUGGCCCCCUGGGUGCUUCCGAAGCCCUGGGUACACACUGAGCCGCUCUCUUCCCACGACGAUUUCCUGAUCCUGGGGAACCGAGCGUUGUUUGAGCGGGUGUCCUACCAGGAAGCUGUAGGCACCGUUCAGGCCGUGCGGGAUCCACACGCUGCUGCCAAGAAGCUUUGCUCGCUGGCGCAGAGCUAUGGAUGCAAGGAUAACAUUGGAGCUGUAGUUGUGGCGUUGAACAUUGCAGAGGACAGUUGCACCUGCGGGCCACCAGUGGACACCACCGGUCCUCCGCCUGUCCCUUUGCCUGUGUCCAUGACGCCAGCUCCUAGCGACACAGCUACCCUGUCCUCCACUAGUGGGGUUGUCUCAGAGUUCAACAGUGAGACGUCAGCAUCCGAAAUAGGCAGCGAGGCGGGAUCCACUGCUUCUGAUGAGCAUCCAUCCUCAGGAGCUGCUCCCCGCCCAGAAAGACGGUGUAGCCUUCAUCCUAGCACGACUCUGUGUGGCAUCAUUGUCCCAGCCUCGGUGGGACUAGUCAGCCACAUGGGAGUAUUCCAGCGGCAACCGUCCUGUGCCACAUUCUCCAGCAAGCACUCGGACAACGGCUUAGACAGUGACGACGAGACUCCUCUGGAGGGCGUCAUCUCCAAUGGCAGCAAGUUGGAAGUAGAGGUGGACAUUCACUGCUGUGCUUUUCAGCUGCGGUCAAGCGCCCCUGAGGGUACCAAGGACCUUGAGCUGGAAAAGAGGGGUUGUGAUUAUCCCAAUAGAAAGAUGCGCAGGCAGAACAGCGUUGUGGUCUCUUCAACAAACGGCUGUCUGUUGGCGGUUUGUGGAAGAGAGAGCUCCGACCUAAAGAAGUCACCUUCUGCAUCAAGCUUAUUCGGGAAGAAACUCUCCAAUGGUUCAGUGGUGGCCCCAGAGGACAGUCAUAAUCUCAUCGAAGUGGCCCUGGAAGCUCCUAAGAAGAAGUCUGGGUAUUUCACUGCACCAGCACAGCAAGACCCAGAAGACCAGCUGAUUGUGCCUCCUUGUCUGGAGCAGGAAGUACGGGAGCAGCUUAAAGGGCAGAGCCCUGUUGUCUCAGGCCCAUCUGCUACAUCCAUACCCCCUUCUUUGAAAGACUCAGGGUGCAAUCAAUCCCACCCUCCUCCCUUUGCCCCCAACAUGGUGCCAGGCCCUGGAGCGACUCCCAUCCUAAAGCAGGUGUAUGAUACUGCCCUCUAAAAGGGGAACACCGCCCAACUUGGCUGCGAUGCUGUUAUUGUGCCCCCCUCCCUCCCCAGGGAAGCAAAGGACAUACUUCUUCAGUAAAGUCACCAACACUCCAUUUUCUCACGUAAUGUGUGAAAUGAAAUGGAAGUGUCAUGAAUCAACCCUUUGUUACCUGGAAAUCCUCAGUUUGGUCGAGCAUGUGCAGGAUGGUGUUCAUUGCAGGUCACAUUCUUCUUGAAAAAGUGCCUCUUGCAGACGACUCAGCCUCCCAAGUCUUAGUAUAGAGCUUCUUACUCACAGAAUAUUAGAAGGAAGGACGGUGUGUCUGAAAGACCAUCAUCUUCCUCAUGUGUCUUAUGAAAUGAAAUCAAACAACACAACCACCUUUCAUCACAUUUCCACUAAGUGGUUUGUUUCAAUUCAGUUUUCCAUAACAUAGUUUGGAAACAUUUAACCCUGAUUGAGGAUGACGAGGACCGUAAUGUGUGUCCACACCCUUUUUGUUAUGGUUCCACUCUGGUUGGUCCCCAAUGGAAGUGUGUCAUAAUGGAGUUCAGUAUUGAUACACUAAUGUAAGCAAUUGAAGGAUGCCUCUGGGGAUACAUAGUGGUUGUCUAGUAUGCAUUUCUUGUUUUGACACUCUUGACAAUGAAAACGCAAAAAAAAUGUGAUUAACCAAUCUGUACUACUGCUGGAGAGAAAACCAUACUUGCCAACCCUCCUAAAUUUUCCGGGAGACUCCCGAAUUACAGUACCUCUCCCGAAAAUCUCACGGGACAACCAUUCUCCCAAAUGUCUCCCGAUUUCCAGACAGACAACAAGGCACGCCCCCUCCAGGUCCAUGCGGACCUGAGUGAGAACAGCCUUUCGUCACGUCCGCUUUUCCUCCAUAUAAACAGCGUGCCGGCCCAGUCACGUCAUAACAUCUACGGCUUUUGGAGUGUGCACAACUGCACACAGAACAAGAAGGAGACUAUUAUAUAUGUCUCCGUUAUCCAUAGGUUUAUCUAUAACCCAUAAAGUAGGCAGGCACGGAGCUAUUUCUCAGCGUGUAUUUAUUCCAGCUGCCACGUUAAUACACUGACACACAACAUCCGGAUUCCCAUCAUGCAUUGCUUCAAACCUACGGCAAGUAGAAAAGUCCAAAAACAUAACAUAGAUGAAGCCAAAGAACAGUCAUGGCGACGACGAGUAAGAAGAAGAAGUACGCUUGCAAGUCAUCAGAGAAGGUGUUCAGCAUGGUUAGAAAGAUAGUGACAGAGAAUAAAACGAGGAUGG